ACAUCCCCCAGCGGGCUCCCUUCUCCUUCGUGGCUUGCGCGCGCAGAGAGUUCGGGCCUGCUGCGGCGUACCUGGACCGUGAGGCGGCGAAGGCGAGAGGCGAAGGCCGCGUCCCGCGAAUUGCUUGAUUUCACAAGUGGAAGGUGACCAUUCAGUUUGGUUAAGGUGAAAUCAAUUUCAAGUAAGGCUUGACUGAAAGGAUAUAUCAAAGAUGUCAAAAACAAACAAAUCAAAAUCUGGGUCCCGCUCAUCUCGUUCAAGAUCUGGGUCUCGUUCCCGGUCCCGCUCUUUCUCAAAGUCUCGAUCUCGAUCCCGGUCUGUUUCACGGUCAAGAAAACGCAGGCUCAGUUCUAGGUCCCGUUCAAGAUCAUAUUCUCCAUCUCACAACAGGGAGAGGAAUCACCAGCGUGUGUAUCAGAACCGAGAUUUUCGAGGGCAUAACAGAGGGUAUCGGAGACCGUAUUACUUCCGUGGAAGGAAUAGAGGGUUCUACCCAUGGGGCCAGUAUAAUCGAGGUGGCUAUGGAAAUUACAGAUCCAAUUGGCAAAAUUACCGCCAGGCCUAUAGCCCUCGUAGGGGCCGUUCACGUUCUCGGUCACCCAAGAGAAGGUCUCCAUCCCCGAGGUCUAGAAGUCAUUCUAGAAACUCUGACAAGUCAUCAUCUGAUAGAUCAAGGAGGUCUUCAUCAUCUCGGUCCUCCUCUAAUCACAGCAGAGCUGAAUCCUCCAAGCGUCGGUCACUGAAGGACAAGAAGUCUUCUACCAAGGAUGCUCGAGCAUCUCAGGGCGCUGGGGACAACCAAGGCGAUGACACCAAGGAACAGCCAUUCUCAGGAGGAACCUCCCAGGAUGUCAAAUCCUCAGAGGGGUCGAAACCAUGGCAAGAAGUGGGCACUUACGGCACAAGUUCAGCAUCAAGGGCGUCUGCUGUAUCUGAGCUGAGUCCAAAAGAACGCAGUCCAGCACUAAAGAGCCCUCUGCAAUCAGUUGUGGUCAGGCGCCGGUCUCCCAGGCCAAGCCCACUUCAGAAGCCUAGUCCUACAUCUUCUAAUGCUUCUCAGCUGGGCUCAGCUCUGCAGAGUGGCAGCUCCUUUCAGGCAGGCUCACAUCAGUUUGAGCAUAACCUAGCAGGCUUGAGCCCAACAAGAAAGAGCCCUGUGUGCAAAAGUCCCACACCAAUCAGUUCCAUUUAUGGGGCAUCUCAGAAGGAGGAAAUGGGGGCAGCCUUCUCCAAGAGGUAUUUAGAAGAGCAAAAGACUGAAAAUGGGAAAGAUAAAGAGCAGAAACUGACAAAUGUGGAAAAGGACAAAAUUAAAGAGAAGGGAAGUUUCUCUGAGAUGGGAUUAGUGGAUUCUAAAACAAAAUCUGAUCCAUAUGCCUCCAAAGCCGACACUGAAAAAAUAUAUCGUGGCAGUCAGUCCCCAAAGCGCUAUAAGCUCCGAGAUGACUUUGAAAAGAAGAUGACAGAGUUCCACAAGGAGAGUCAUUAUAGCAAAGAGGAGAUAGAUGAGCCAGAGAAGAAAGUUAAGGGCAAAGGGCGAAAGGAAUCCAAUUUUGAUGAGGACGAGGAUGAUGAACCCAAGUUUCUUCCUAAGAUGGUAUCUACUUCCAGCAAAAACCAGGAGGAAGAUCGGACUGGCAAAUGGGAAGGUUUAGUAUUUUUGCCAGCAGCCAAAGAGAAACCGAGGAAAGCUGAAGAGAUGGAAGAAGAAUCAUAUACUGAACAGUCUAAGAAAGAGGAGAGGCUGGCUGUGAAGAGAGCAGAAGCUGGACAUAGAGGGUUUGUUCCAGAAAAGAAUUUUCGAGUGACCACUUACAAAGCAGGCCAGGAAAAAAACACCACUUCUCCUCCACCACGGAAGUCCUCCGAGGGCAGAGAUAAGCCAAGUGCGCGGGGAGAGGGCCUGGCUGCUGGCAAGUCCUCCUUUUCUAUUACUCGUGAGACCCAAGUCAACCUUCGCAUGGAUUCUUUCGAUGAGGAUCUCGCACGUCCAAGUGGAAUUUUGGCUCAGGAACGCAAGCUAUGUCGUGAUUUGGUGCACAGCAACAAGAAGGAACAGGAGUUUCGCUCCAUUUUCCAUCACAUCCAGUCAGCCCAGUCUCAGCGGAGUCCCUCAGAGCUCUUUGCUCAGCACAUAGUAACCAUUGUCCAUCAUGUAAAAGAGCAUCACUUUGGGUCUUCAGGAAUGACUUUGAAUGAGCGCUUCACAAAAUACCUAAAACGAGCAGAGCAGGAGUCGGCUAAGAACAAAAGUCCUGAAAUCCACAGGAGGAUAGACAUUUCUCCAAGCUCUUUUAGAAAACAUGGAUUCUCGCAAGAGGAGAUCAAAACUUCCAAAGAAUCCAGCUACAAGGCUGAAACUAAAUAUAAAGAUGACCCAGUUGACCUGCGUCUUGACAUUGAGCGGCGUAAAAAACAUAAAGAGAAAGAUAAGCGGGGCAAGUCAAGAGAAUCAGUGGACUCCAGACCUUCCAGUCAUUCACGUGAGAGAUCGGCAGAGAAAACAGAAAGGUCUCACAAAGGGUCCAAAAAGAAGAAGCACCGACGUGUACGGGAGCGAUCCAGGUCAACUUCUUCAUCCUCACAGUCCUCACACUCCUAUAAGGCAGAGGAGUACCCCGAGGAGACCGAAGAGCGGGAGGAAGUGGCUGCCCCUGGCUUUGACAAAUCCCGUCUUGGCACCAAGGAGUUCCCCAGUCCAAAUGAAAGGGGCAGAGCACGAGGGACCUUUCAGCCGUUCCGUGCCAGAGGCCGUGGCUGGGGAAGAGGCGUCUUUUCUGGCAACAACAACAGCGGCAGUGGCGGCGGCAGUGGUGGAGGCACUGACUUCCAGAAACGUGCCAGGGAGGAGGAGUGGGACCCCGAGUACACACCCAAGAGCAAGAAGUACUACUUGCAUGAUGACCGUGAGGGCGAAGGUGGUGAGAAGUGGGCCGGCCGAGGCCGAGGCCGGGGCAUCUUCCCCCGAGGUCGGGGACGUUUCCUGUAUCGGAAGUCAAGCACCAGCCCCAAGUGGGCCCAUGACAAGUUCAGUGGAGAGGAAGGAGAGAUUGAGGAUGAUGAAAGCGGGGCUGAGAACAGAGAGGACAAGGACGUCCUCCAGUCAGUCGCAGAGUAGCCGUUGGAAACAGACAGAGGGGUCCUCGACCGUCAGGAGCCCGUGGAGGGGGCUGCUGUCAGGCUGGACUGUCCUUGAUCCUUAUUGACUAGUUGAAUGUUUUUCUGUUUCUUGCUUUUUCAGUGAGCCCUUGGAGGACAAUGGAGUGAGUUAUGCCUAAUAUCUUGGCAAUCAUUUUGGUCUUUUUAAUUGUGAUAGAGGCGGUGGGAGUUAAUUCCCUACUCCUAGGUUUUCUUCCUUCUUGUAUGUGGAUUGAAAAGAAAUCUUUUAUUUUAAGCAUUUGCAUAUAUAGAGAGACGGUGCCCCUAAAAAUGGUUAAUUUCAGAAAGUCCUUCAUGGUUCUUAUAUACAAGAGCAAUGCAUGUGAAUAAACACCUGAAUAGAAACCGUUGGGACCAAAUGCUGUGUUCUUAAUUUAAAGGAACUUUUCCCUCUGCUUGAAUUUGGAGUCAUUAUUUUAAAGGAAUCACCUUUUGUUUUACCUUUUGUGCUGAAGUUUUAAAGUUAGCAUGGCACAGUUGGAGGAUCCCUCUUUGCUCCCCACUCCCCAUGCAAAACUGCUCUUGGCUGAUGUUAGCAAUAUCUGUUCACUAGAUUUUUUGUGUAUCUCUUUGCCUCCAAUUGUGAAUCCAAACACUAUUUUCAGGGUCACAUAGUUUUCUAAAACUUCUAAAUAUACUAGGUUUAAAAAAAGCCUGUAGCAUGAAAAAUGAAGAUUUUUUCCAGUAUUUUUAUUAAUCUUUUUAUAAAGCAAUUUUGACUCACCUGUAGCAGUCAUGGUAAGUUGCUGACAGUUGCAAUUCUCUUUGUGAUUCUCUUCAGCUUUAAAUCUGCAGUGCUCAAAAGUUGCUUGACAGGUGGAGUUCUUGCCCUAAAACCAGCUACACAGAAUGUAAUUGUUGUGUUGAGAAAUUGGUCCCCUGGAGAUAGGACUGUGUGUGCGUCUCUUCUUUCUGUUACCCCUUUCUUCUCUGUGCUAUAAAUAGAGCUAAUUUUGUGGGACUGGUGCAGUUCUUGCUUAGCAAAGCCCACAAGUUUUUGUUUUGACUCCUUGUUCAAAUAAAAUUCAUCAAAAUGC